AAAGAGUCGACACUGUUUAGCGAUUUUUCCAAUCAAAUCUCAGUGAGUGAUCAAUCUUCUUCUUCAUACCAAUUUCCCUCUCGAUUUCUUUAGCUUCUUACUUCACUGAGAUCGAUUGUGACUGUGGAAACCCUAGGAUGUGAUUCUAGCUGUAGAGAAGGAACAAUGGGGAAGCCAUCAACGAGUGUGUGGGCAACAUUGCAGAAAAAGAGAUGGCCUCUGAUGAUUCUCUUGGUUUUAUCUGUAUCAACACUAGGAAUGAUUCUCGUGAGAUCUACUUUUGAUUCCUGUAGUGUUAGUGGAAAGAGAUGUGGUCGAGAGAAGGAAGAUAAUAACAGUGACGUUAAGAUCCAAUCGGUUUCUGGAUCGUUGAAUCCUCUCGGUUUCAUGAAAUCGAAGCUCGUUUUGCUUGUUUCUCACGAGCUCUCGCUCUCAGGUGGACCUUUGUUGUUAAUGGAAUUGGCAUUUUUGCUUAGAGGAGUUGAAUCUGACGUUGUUUGGAUCACGAAUCAGAAACCAGUUGAAGAAGAUGAAGUGAUUAAGGUUUUGGAACACAAAAUGUUGGAUCGAGGAGUGCAGGUAAUAUCAGCAAAGAGUCAGAAAGCUAUAGAUACAGCUCUUAAGUCUGAUUUGGUUGUUUUGAAUACUGCUGUUGCUGGGAAAUGGCUUGAUGCAGUUCUCAAGGACAAUGUUCCUAAAGUUCUUCCUAAAGUACUCUGGUGGAUUCAUGAGAUGAGAGGUCACUAUUUCAAACCGGAUUUAGUCAAGCACCUUCCGUUUGUUGCGGGUGCAAUGAUUGAUUCGCACGCAACAGCUGAAUACUGGAAGAACAGAACUCAUGAUCGUUUAGGGAUUAAAAUGCCUAAAACUUAUGUCGUGCACCUAGGAAAUAGCAAGGAGUUGAUGGAAGUAGCUGAAGAUAGUUUCGCCAAGAAUGUUCUCCGGGAGCAAGUUCGAGAAUCUCUUGGAGUGAGGAAUGAAGACAUACUAUUUGGCAUUAUUAAUAGUGUAUCUCGAGGAAAGGGCCAAGAUCUAUUCCUCCGAGCCUUCCAUGAAAGUCUUAAAGUACUCAAAGAGACUAAGAAACUUGAGGUACCAACAAUGCAUGCAGUGGUAGUAGGAAGUGAUAUGAGCGCACAGACGAAAUUCGAGACAGAGCUACGCAACUUUGUCCAAGAGAAGAAACUUCAGAAAAUUGUCCACUUUGUUAACAAAACAAUGAAAGUAGCACCAUAUCUAGCGGCUAUUGAUGUUCUUGUCCAAAACUCCCAAGCCAGAGGAGAAUGCUUUGGGAGGAUAACAAUCGAAGCUAUGGCCUUUAAGCUUCCUGUACUUGGGACUGCAGCAGGAGGGACAAUGGAGAUUGUAGUGAACAGAACAACCGGUCUAUUACACAACACUGGUAAAGAUGGCGUGUUACCUCUUGCCAAAAACAUUGUGAAGCUGGCGACUAAUGUAGAGAUGAGGAAGACAAUGGGGAAGAAAGGGUAUGAGAGGGUAAAAGAGAUGUUCUUGGAACAUCAUAUGUCUCAUCGAAUAGCUUCUGUGCUCAGAGAAGUGUUGCAACACGCAAAAAUUCAUUCACAAACAACCAAUUCGGAUCAUUAAACAAAGUUUAGCACGGAAAUGCCAAUAUUAGUUCAUUUUACAAUACACACUCUUCUUGUUU